GAGCUGAAAUAUGAUCCUGCUUCCUCAUUUGGACUCAUUCAGCUCAGCUGACACAUUCAACAGCAGACAGGUUUUUGUAGCAGUCUGUCUCACUGUGGGAGGAAACUACUACCUCAUCUUUGGCUCUGGAACUAAACUGUCUGUAACAGAUGAGCAGGUAGUGAAGCCCGUGGUGAGCGUGUACCCAGCAGCAUCCAGAGCCCACCUGGAGGGGAACAGCUCCCUGCUGUGUGUGGCCUCAGCCAUGUUUCCUCCUCUGGUCCAGUUCUCCUGGAAAAGACAGAAGAAGAACGGCGGAGAACCGGAGGAGCUACCCCCUGGUGAGGGAGAGCAGCUGGAGCUCAGAGAGUCGGGACGCACCAUUGCCAUCAGGAUGGUUGAUGGGAGUGAUUCUGACACAUAUAAAUACAGCUGCUGGGUGAAGCACGAGGGGGGCACAGUGGAGGCCCAAACACAACAAGAGGUUCCAGCUCCAGCAGCCUCCUGUCCUCCAGAGAGAGAGCCAGCAGACCUGCCAGCUCUGCAGCCAGCUGACUUGUCCUUCCAGUCUCAGUGCAGGGUGAAGCUGCUCUGCCUGCUGUACACAGUGCUGAUAGUGAAGAGUCUGGUGUACUGCUGUGGACUCUCUCUGCUGAUGAUCCUCACAAACAAGGGACCGUCCACCAACUGCACACAUGCUGACUGACUGUUUUCUGCUCGCCUUUUCUCACCAUCAGAUUUCCUCGAGUCAGCAGUCAGAAAUGUAAAUUAAAUUCUGGUUGGUUCAGUGUUUCAUUACUGAGCAUUUGACCUUUUCUCAUUUAAUCAUCUUAAACUGUGUAAUAUAAAUUUACAAAUAAACAUGUUUGAUGUGUUUGUA